CUGGAGUGCCCUGGGAGUGCGAGUGGACUGGGCUGGGAGUGGACUCUAGGCUGCAGAACUGCUAAAAGCGGCCCUCGAAGGAGGAAGCCUUUGCCCCGCCGCCCGCGAGGCAGCAGGGUGGCCACCGCAGAGACACCGGUCCCCGGAGGCCCCGACGGCCACACGCUGAGAUGUGGAAUCCCCUGCGCGAAACCGACUCGACCUUUGUGGCCUGGCGCCGCCCGCGCUGGCUGUGCGCUGGGGCCCUGGUGCUGGCCGCCUGCCUCUUCGUCCUCGGCUUCCUCUUCGGAUGGUUUACAAAAUCCUCCAGUGAAGCUACUAACAUUCCACGGCAUAAUGUGAAGAAAGCAUUUUUGGAUGAAUUGAAAGCAGAGAACAUCAAGACGUUCUUGUACAAUUUUACACGGAUACCACAUUUAGCUGGAACAGAACAAAACUUUCAGCUUGCAAAGCAAAUUCAAUCUCAGUGGAAAGAAUUUGGCCUGGAUUCUGUUGAGUUAGCCCAUUAUGAUGUCCUGUUGUCCUAUCCAAAUAAGACUCAUCCCAACUACAUCUCAAUAAUUGAUGAAGAUGGAAAUGAGAUUUUCAACACAUCAUUAUUUGAACCACCUCCUCCAGGAUAUGAAAAUGUUUCAGAUGUUGUUCCACCUUUCAGUGCCUUUUCUCCACAAGGAAUGCCAGAGGGUGACCUAGUCUAUGUUAACUACGCACGAACUGAAGACUUCUUUAAACUAGAGCGGGACAUGAAAAUUAAUUGCUCUGGGAAGAUUCUGAUUGCCAGAUAUGGGAAAAUUUUCAGAGGAAAUAAGGUUAAAAAUGCCCAGCUGGCUGGGGCCAAAGGGAUCAUUUUGUACUCAGAUCCUGCUGAUUACUUUGCUCCCGGGGUGGAGUCCUAUCCAGGUGGUUGGAAUCUUCCUGGAGGUGGUGUUCAGCGUGGAAAUAUCUUAAAUCUUAAUGGUGCAGGGGACCCUCUCACACCUGGCUACCCAGCAAAUGAAUAUGCUUAUAGAUGUGAAAUCGCAGAGGCUGUUGGUCUUCCAAGUAUUCCUGUUCAUCCAAUUGGGUACUAUGAUGCACAGAAGCUCCUAGAAAAAAUGGGUGCAUCAGCACCACCAGAUCACAGCUGGAAAGGAAGCCUCCACGUGCCCUACAAUGUUGGACCUGGAUUUACUGGAAACUUCUCUACCAAAAAAGUCAAGAUGCACAUCCAUUCCAACAAUAAAGUGAAAAGAAUUUACAAUGUGAUUGGAACUCUCAGAGGGGCAGUGGAGCCAGACAGAUAUGUCAUUCUUGGAGGUCACCGUGACUCUUGGGUAUUUGGUGGCAUUGACCCUCAGAGUGGAGCAGCUGUUGUUCAGGAAAUUGUCAGGAGUUUUGGAAAGCUGAAAAAAGAAGGAUGGAGGCCUAGAAGAACAAUUUUGUUUGCAAGCUGGGAUGCAGAAGAAUUUGGUCUUCUUGGUUCCACUGAGUGGGCAGAGGAGAAUUCCAGACUUCUUCAAGUGCGUGGUGUGGCCUAUAUUAAUGCUGAUUCUUCUAUAGAAGGAAACUACACUCUGAGAGUUGAUUGUACCCCACUUAUGUACAGCUUGGUAUACAACCUAACAAAGGAGCUCCAAAGUCCUGAUGAAGGUUUUGAAGGCAAAUCCCUUUUUGACAGCUGGAAUGAAAAAAGCCCUUCACCCGAAUUCAGUGGCUUGCCCAGGAUUAGCAAAUUAGGAUCUGGUAAUGAUUUUGAAGUGUUCUUCCAAAGACUUGGAAUUGCUUCAGGCAGAGCACGGUACACUAAAGAUUGGGCAACAAACAAAUUCAGCAGCUAUCCACUGUAUCACAGUGUCUAUGAAACAUAUGAAUUAGUGGAAAAGUUUUAUGAUCCAGCUUUUAAGUAUCACCUUGCUGUGGCUCAGGUUCGAGGAGGAAUCGUCUUCGAACUAGCCAAUUCCAUAGUGCUCCCUUUUGACUGUCGAGAUUAUGCUGUCGUUUUAAGAAAGUAUGCUGAUAAAAUCUACAAUAUUUCAAUGAAACAUCCACAAGAAAUGAAAACAUACAAUGUGUCAUUUGAAUCACUAUUUUCUGCAGUGAAGAAUUUUACAGAAAUUGCUUCUAACUUCAGUGAGAGACUGCAAGACUUGGACAAAAACAACCCAAUAUUAUUAAGAAUUAUGAAUGAUCAACUGAUGUUUUUGGAACGAGCAUUUAUUGAUCCUUUAGGAUUACCAGACAGGCCUUUCUAUAGACAUGUCAUCUAUGCUCCAAGCAGCCACAACAAGUAUAUGGGGGAGUCAUUCCCAGGGAUCUUCGAUGCUCUGUUUGAUAUUGAAAGCAAGGUGGAUCCUUCCAAGGCCUGGGAAGAAGUGAAGAGACACAUUUCUAUUGCAGCCUUCACCGUGCAGGCUGCAGCAGGGACUCUGAGAGAAGUAGCCUAAGAAGUUUCUUUGGGGAACACGUUGAAUUAGUAUGAUGUAUCACUCAGAAAGAAUCAUGUUGGAUGUACUGAUAAACUGAAAAAUAAAGUUAUGUACAUAUAUAGAUACAGAUAGAUACAUAUAUCCACCUUGGCAUUCUUUUUUCUUCUCCAUAUAUAUCGAAUAAGGAAGAUGGAUGAUUUUUAUUCUGUAAUUAUAGAAAGUUAUUCUGAAGUUGGACUAAGUGUUGAAAUUAAGAACAGAGUAAAAUUUUAAUACACUUAUGUGGCAUUAUCAGAGAGUCAUGUCUAAUUCAGCACUUACAAAACUACUCCUGUCACUGCACGUGUAGAAAACAUCAGUCUGUUAUUUGUUGUGUAUUUUUAGAAUUUUUAUAAAUAAAAUUGUACCAUGUA